AUGGACGAAAUACUUUCGACACUAAGCUCGCUGGUACUCAGUCAGGACACCUCUUCGUUGGAGAUUGUACCUGGAGAUUGGUCCGACUGGAGUUCCACAGGGGUGGAAAACAACCCACCCACGGCCCAAUUCCCAUUCGUCUUGGUGGACAAGAAUCUUGGGAUACCAAAGAAAGUACUUUAUCGCGCUUAUGCCUACUCCCACAACUUCUCUCGUGCGCUGAACGAACGAUUCAAAGAAAUCCUGGACAAAACGACUUGCGUCAUGAUCACCAACCCGGCACACCAGACAGCAUUGAAUGCGCGAAAGCGACUUAUCCUUCUUCACCAGCUGGACGUCCACCGAGAACUGCAUUUAACCGGCUUGCUUUUACGAGGAAUCAAAACAUGCGCGAAGGAGACGAUCCUAUGGGAUCAUCGGCGAUGGUGCCUGAAGCAGGCGUACGGCCAAAUUCAUGCUGAGCCUACCUGUCAAGCGAAUGCUCCUAUAGAGAGCUGGUCAUCACAUGCAGAAGCCUCUAUGUUCCCCAACCUACCCGUGGAAGCAUUCGCCCCAGAGUUUACCUUAAUCCGGGCUGCUUGCGCGAUAUACCCCCGCAACUAUCACGCUUGGUCUCAUUGGCACUUCGUGUUCGACGGCUGCCAUUCAAUGCUCCGUUACACACUAUCUGACACCCACAUCCAAGGACAAUUACUCGCUGUCAUGGUGGAAGAAUGCCAACGACUGAAUGAAUGGAUCAAGACGCAUGUCUCCGAUUUCAGCGCCAUACACCACUUCCUUUUGGCCAAUAGCCUUCUCUAUAACCUCUCCGCCACACAUCCGUCUUCUUCGGACACGAGCGGCAUAUUUGAAACAGGCCUAGGUCAUUCCCCUGCAAUAGUAGCUUCACUACUGUGGGAAUUACUCUCUUCCUACCCUUCGCAUGAAUCCCUCUUCCUCGGGCUGCGCUCACUCCUACCGCAACUCUCCGAAGAAGACGAAAAUGCCUACCGGGAUAGAUUGGCCAGCCUUCCGCUACCUCACUAUUGGAGAAAGUAG